AUGGACGCUCAGAUCGAGAACGCUGUUGAGGCAGCGUUCAACCCCACCGGCAACCAAGACCUCAAGCAACAAGCCUUCGAGUACCUGAACCAACUGCGAGUCGAUCCCCAGGCCUGGCAGGUCUGCACCACCCUCUUCGCCCGAACUCCGAGACCUUCCGAAGUCGUUCGUCUGUUCUGCCUCGAGGUGGUCAACUAUGCCGUCCAUGCCCAAGGUCUCGACCGUCAGAGCCUCACAUGGCUGAAGGACAUGCUCCUCGAUUACGUCCGGAACAUGUACAAUGGCUCCCAGCAGGACCAGAUCGACCCGGCCCACUUGCAGAACAAGCUAUCGCAGACCCUCACGUACUUGUUCGUCUUCUUGUACAACGACGGUUGGGACUCCUUCAUCGACGACUUUCUUGCCGUUGCCAGCAGUCCGAACAACACCGCCGGCGUCGUCCUGUACCUGCGAAUCCUCGGCUCCAUCCAUGACGAGAUUGCCGACAUGCUGUUGACCCGCAACAGCAACGACGCGAAGCGCAACACCGACCUGAAGGACCAGCUGCGUGCGCGCGAUGUUCAAAAGGUUGCCCAGUCCUGGAAGGACCUGCUGUCACAGUACUCGGGACAGAAUGAUCACAUAGUGGAGAUGGUUCUGAAGGUUAUUGGCAAGUGGAUUAGCUGGAUGGACAUCUCCUUGAUUGUCAAUCAAGACAUGCUCGGCCUGUUGCUUCCUGUUAUUGGCCGGACAAACAACUCCGGCAGCGAGGACAAGGUCAGGGACGCUGCCAUCGACACCCUCACCGAGAUCGUGGGCAAGAAGAUGAAGGGCCCCGAGAAGAUGGAGCUCAUUUCCUUCCUCAACUUGCGCGAUAUCGUGUCCCAGCUUAUCGCAAGCGCUCCUUUGGCCGACCUGAAGAAUACCCCUCAAUACGACACCGAUCUCGCGGAGGCUGUCGCCAAGCUCGUCAACACCGUCAUGGCAGACAUUGUGCGCGCACUAGAGGAUGGCCAAGCAAAUGAGAACACGCGAGCCAAGGCCGAGCAGCACUUGCACGAUUUCCUCCCCUUCCUGUUGCGCUUCUUCUCCGACGAAUAUGAUGAGGUCUGCGCGACCGUCAUUUCCUCGCUCACCGACCUCCUCACUCUCCUCCGCAAGGUCGGCGCAAACCUUCCUCCCUCUUACAAGGAGAUGCUCCCUCCCAUCCUGAACGCCAUUAUACUCAAGAUGCGGUACGACGAGACCUCCAACUGGGGUGACGAGGACGAGCAGACGGAUGAGGCAGAGUUCCAGGAGCUGCGCAAGAGGUUACAGGUCCUUCAGAAAACCGUUGCGGCCGUCGACCAGGACCUCUACAUUGAGGUCUUGAGCAACCUGGUUUCUCAUACCUUUACUGACCUCGACCAGCGAGGCUCCAAUAUGGACUGGAGAGACCUUGACCUAGCGCUUCACGAGAUGUACCUGUUUGGUGAACUGGCGUUGCCGAACCAGGGGCUGGGCACGAAGAGCCAACCGAACAGCACAGCAACAGAAAGACUUACCAUCAUGGUGACAAAGAUGGUUGAGUCUGGAAUUGCUCAGUUCCCCCACCCCGCCAUUUUGCUCCAGUACAUGGAGAUUUGUGUCCGGUACUGGCAAGUGUUUGACGCCCGGCAAGAAUACAUCCCGCAAGUUCUCGAGAACUUUGUGCGGUUGGUACAUCAUGACCAUGUUCGUAUCAAGACACGAUCCUGGUACCUUUUCCUCAGAUUCGUCAAGUAUCUCAGGGCCCAGGUCGGCAACGUUGCCGGGACCAUCAUUGAGGCCAUUAGCGACCUCCUCCCGAUCAAGGCCGAGGUUUCUGAAAAUAACGGAGACGAUGACAUGUCUUCAGAUGAGUCCGAUCACUCCGCGGACGCUCUGUUCACCAGCCAACUGUUCCUUUUCGAAGCCAUUGGCUGCAUUGCUUCGACUGGAAGCACACCCGCAGAUAAACAGGCCUACUAUGCCCGGCUGGUGAUGUCUCCUUUGUUCCGUGACAUGGAAGCCCACUUGCCCAAGGCGAAGGCUGGCGAUGCUCAAGCCAUUCUCCAAAUCCACCACAUCAUCCUGGCCCUCGCCGGCCUGGCUCACGGUUUCUCCGACUGGACUCCUGGCAGCAACUCGGCCCAGCAACGACCUCCUCCAGACAAGCUCGUAUCUGAUGAGUUCUCGAGGGCUGCCGAAGCCAUCCUGAUUGCACUCCGCGAGCUCAACGGCUCCGCCGAUAUCCGCACCGCUUGCCGAGCUUCGUUCAGCAAGCUGCUCGGAGUUCUCGGGUCUGCAGUGCUUCCUCAGCUCCCUCAGUGGAUCGAGGGAUUCCUCUCACAGAGCUCAUCCAAAGACGAGAUGGCCAUGUUCCUGCGAUUGCUGGACCAGAUCGUCUUCGGCUUCAAGACCGAGAUUUAUGACGUCCUGAACCUGCUGCUCACCCCCUUGCUGCAGAGAAUCUUCGCCGGCCUAUCGGAGCCGGUGACGGGCACAGACGACGAGAUCCAACUCGGAGAGCUACGCAGGGAAUAUCUGUCCUUCCUGCUGGUGAUCCUCAACAACGAGCUGCAGUCGGUCUUCAUCAGCGAAGCCAACCGGGCCUUCUUCGAGACAAUGAUCACCUCCAUUCUCACCCUGGGGCGCACCCUGGUGGCCGAAAACAUUGGACCCAGUCGCCUCGCGUUCAGUGUGUUGGCUCGCAUGGUCGUCGUCUGGGGCGGCCCCGACGUCGCCAAGAUUUCGGACAAUCCCUCGCCCCCGAGCGGUUCGGCCAACCCAUCCAUCCCGGGUUUCGAUCGGUUCAUGAUCGACCGCUUCCACCCGCUCUGCUGGGAGGUGUUCCAGGACCCGAACUUCAGGCCGCACAAGGAUGCUCAGAGCAAGCAGGUGCUCAACGAGAUUGCUGGGCUCGAGCAGGCCAUCUAUGUCAAGACGGGAGACAUGUUUAUCCAGAACCUCCAGUCGCAGUUGUUCCCACACCUGGGCAUUGACGGAUCCGAGUUCAUGCGGUGCAUGUCCACGUCGGCGGACAGAAAGGCUUUCUCGGGUUAUUUGCAGGGGCUGCUGAAGAGCCGUAGAUAG